AGUGAAACCAAUGUGACGUAAUUAUGACGUCAUGUGAACUGCUGACGUAAGAAGGGUGACGUCAAAUUCGCCUAAAACAAUUGUCUUUGAACUUCCUACUACCAUGACCCGGAAGCAGAUUAAACCGGAAAACAACUACCCGCUGAGCACAAUGGACGAGCGGGAGGCCCUCAAUCCGGACUCCCAGGAAGCCGGAAGUCGACCGGCGUCGGUGGUUGUGGCCAACAACAGUCCGGCUCACGAGAAGAAGAAAAUAUACGAGGCUGAUAACGAUGACGAGGAGCCGGUAAAGUUAACGAACCGAGAUCUGCUAGUCUACUAUGCCCAGAACUCAACCAUGCAUGGCGUCCCGUCCAUCGUGGGGUCGGAGCUGUACCGAGGACGACAUAUAUUCUGGAUGUUUGUUGUAUGUGUGAUGGCCUUGUUCCUGGGUACAGUCAUCUACUGGCAGAUGUCAGACUACUACAACUAUCCCACUGUCACCAGCGUGGACAUCAGUUACGUCACAGAGAAUGACUUCCCGUCGGUGACCUUCUGUGACCAGAACAUCAUGAACCGAAAUGAGGUCAAAGGUCUAAAAGAUGACCUGACGGCAUUCUAUCUGGCUGAGCUGACAGAGAUAACAGGCAUCUACAUGAACCAGGUCCGACCGAUCAAGAAAAAAAUGCAAAAACCAGCAGCGACCAACCGAAGCAGCAGCGAGCUGGUGGGUAACUACCUGCGUGACUCGUUGAUUCGAUUUAAGAUAGCGAUGUCUAAACCAGAAAACCAACCCGUCUGCUCCUGGGGUGACUACUACUGGACGCCGUGUCCAUUUGUGUCUUUCAGGGUCACACAGAUGGGCUUAUGCGGCACCUUGAACGUCCGUGACCUACCUAGAAACAGGUCAGACAACAGCACCGAGGACACCGCCGUGAGUAACGCCAUGAGAGGCUUGACCAUCCUGCUCGACGUCCCCUCGUUGGAAAUCCCUUUCCGUUUUAAUCACAUUGAGGAUGGAGGUGAAGGGGGGUUUACUGACACAUUCCAUACACAUGCGCAGACACAGGCUGUCAUACACAUGCUCAGUCACAUGCUCAGACACAUGCUCACAGUCUAG